UUGGCGCUCCACACAGACGUGACGUCACGCUGGGUUCAGUGUUGGUGGAGUGGUGUUCACUCACUGAAUCCACACGCACAUGCAAAUCUCUCCCAAAGGAAAGCGCAGUCUGGAGUUUAUCGAAACGAGAAAAGUAACUCGUUGAACACUUGAAGGCGAGUAACAACAGUCAAGUGCUUACAUUUAUAACAAUCUGUUAUAUAAGCGGACUAAAGGUGAACUUUAAGUUAGUUGUCGUUGAAGUGUCGGGACGAGGGACUGAUCCCGGACCCGCUGUUAUGCCAACAAACCUACAGCGAAAAUAUGAGUGUUUGAAACUCAAAGGUUCUGGUCUGCCGGUCCAAACGCUCCAGUCUUCCCAACCGUCUAAACCACAGCAUCAACAAGGCCUCUGCAUUCCCAGAAACUGAGCUCCACGCGACCCAAACCAAUCCCUUUACCCAGAAAAAGCUCUGGAAACUGGAGAAGGAAAAGACGGAAGGGUAAAAUAGAUUUUCCAGUUCUUCCGAGCUUUCGCAUCCACGGCGCUGAAUGAGUUUGAUGACGUGAUUGUUUGGAAGGAUAUCUGCUUGCUUGUGGUUUCCUCAGACGUCUGGCUGACACUUGCCCCCUACUGAAGUAAUCUUUCCCAAAAGUGAAUUCUGGGAUAGGUUCAUGCGGUGGCCGUGCCUCUGUAUGGAGGUAUAAGGGAGGGGAAGGACUCUUGUGGGACGCUGGUGGAGUUCUGGCUUGUGGGGGAUCAUGGGAAAAGAGCAGGAUCUUCUGCAAGCAGUCAAGAAUGGAGAUCUAGCCACUACACAGAAGCUGCUGGCCAAAGUCAAAGCUAGCAAAAGCAAGUUACUGGGCUCCACCAAGAGGCUGAACAUCAACUAUCAAGAUGCAGAUGGGUUUUCGGCGCUGCAUCAUGCCGCCCUCACAGGCACAACAGAGUUACUGUCUCUCUUAUUGGAGGCUCAGGUGGUCGUGGAUAUUAAAGACAGUAAUGGUAUGCGGCCGCUGCAUUACGCAGCAUGGCAGGGUAAAGCCGAUUCGGUGCUGAUGCUGUUGCGAGCGGGGGCUGCGGUCAAUGGGACGUCUCAUGAUGGACAGAUUCCAUUGCACCUGGCUGCUCAGUAUGGACAUUAUGAGGUGUCUGAGAUGUUGUUACAGCACCAGUCGAACCCAUGUGUGUUGAAUAAAGCAAAGAAGACACCUCUGGAUCUGUCCUGUGAGUUUGGACGAGUGAAGGUUGCUCAGCUGUUGUUGAACAGUAACAUGGUUGCGUCUCUCUUGGAGGGGGAUCGGAAAGAUGCAUCAGACUCAAACUAUAACACUCCUCUACACCUAGCUGCACGCAACGGACACAAGGAUGUCAUCCGGCUUCUUCUGAAAGCAGGUAUAGACAUCAACAGAAGCACUAAAGCUGGCACAGCGCUCCAUGAGGCCGCCCUCUAUGGGAAGACAGAGGUGGUGCGGCUUCUUCUCGAUGCUGGAAUAGAUGUGACUGUUCGUAACACUUACAAUCAAACGGCCCUGGAUAUUGUCAACCAGUUCACCGCAUGUCACGCCAGCAAAGAAAUCAAGCAGCUCUUACGAGAGGCCACAGGAGUUCUUCAGGUCCGAGCUUUGAAAGAUUUCUGGAAUCUUCAUGAUCCUACAGCCCUGACCAUACGCGCUGGUGAUGUCAUCACGGUGAUAGAGCAGCACAUGGAUGGACGCUGGAAGGGUCACAUCCAUGACACCCAGAGAGGAACAGACCGAGUGGGAUACUUUCCUCCGUCUAUAGUGGAGGUCAUCAGUCGACGCUCAGGGGGCACCCUGUCACGACACGCCUCUCUGCCCACCCAUAGGCAGCAACUCUCCAGAUGCACCCUCGGCCCCAGCUUGAGUCUGAGCGGUCAAACCGAUGACUCCUACACUCUUUACACCCCUAACCCUCACCUGGUCAUCACCCACACCAACGGUCUGAACACUAACACAGGUGGGUCUCCACGGAGUCUCUCCCAUCAGCACAUAACCCCCAGCAUGGAUGACGUCUGGGUUUUACGGAACACCCCAGCUGCUGGGGACAGGAACAGUGUGGGCAGUACAGGCAGUGUGGGCAGCACUCGCAGUGCAGGCAGCGGUCAGAGCACUGAGAGCAACAGCGCCACCAAUGGACCACAUCAACACAGCACCCACCCUGAUACCAGCAAGUUAACCACGGUGGCCUCUUCUGCUGGAGAUGUAGUACAACCAGAGCAAAACAAACCCGCUGACACACCCACAGGUGUUCCUCGCAGGCCUGUGCUGGCCACACAGAGGCCAGGUGAGCAGGGUUUCUCUCAACAGUUUGUGCGUCCUCAACAGUUACUGGAGGGCAAGGAUGCUGAAGCUAUCUAUCAGUGGCUGAGUGAGUUUCAGCUGGAGCAAUACACUGCAAACUUCAUUAAUGCUGGCUAUGAUGUGCCCACCAUCAGCAGAAUGACACCAGAGGAUCUCACGGCUAUCGGAGUGACAAAACCAGGUCACCGUAAGAAGAUUUCCCUGGAAAUCGGAAAUCUUAGCAUUCCGGAAUGGCUUCCAGAUUACAUACCACAGGAUCUCGGGGAGUGGCUAAGUGCCAUAGGACUGUCUCAGUAUCAUAAGAAACUCGCAGAAAACGGCUACGACUCGAUAAACAUCGUCCGAGAUCUCACGUGGGAAGAUCUGCAGGAGAUCGGCAUUACCAAACUAGGCCAUCAGAAGAAAAUGAUGCUUGCGGUGAAGAAGUUGUGUGAUAUCCAUAAAGCUCUUCUGCAGGCAGAGUCAGGCCAGGGCACACUGCGACGCAAAACCCCUGCAGCCCUGGACCUGCUCGCUAUCGAGCCGGCCCUCGAGGGCGGAGACCUCCCUUCGCCCCACACACCCAAGAUGCUCACUUUCCAAGACAGCGAGCUGAGCACCGAGCUACAGAGUGCUAUGUCAGCCCACUACAGUGGCUGUCAAGAAGGAUUGGCCUUCAAGAAUGCAGUAGGAAUGUCCGUCAGUGAAGAAAGCAUUGACGCUCGCUCCCGAGGCUCAGGGCGCUCCCAGGAGACCCCCAACACUCCCUCCUCUUCUUCGUCCGCCACCCCUUACAGCCACUCCCGGGAGAGCUUAACAACCGCUGACAGCAGCCCGGCUAAAGAGCGUAACAUUCCAGAGGGUCGCGAUCAAGUCCUGCGCCCUCAGCUACCGCAACAGCUGGCGGGCUUUAAAUACCCAGCAGUGCCUGCCAAACCAAAACUGGGCUCUGUUUCCUCUCCGCAGAGUUCCCCAGCUCAAAAAGCCCUCAAUUAUCCUCGUCUGCAUUGUAAUAGUGCCACGCUUGACCGUCACUCUUCUAGCAUGGCCAAGAACCGCACACAGGGAUUGACUCGCUAUGCCUUGUCUGAUGGAGAACCGGAGGAUGACGAUGAUGAAGAGCUAGCUAAAACGGUCAUGCCUUCGUAUGCCACACUGAGCCGAAAACCCGCCCGCGGCCAGCUCGCACGUCUUCAGUCUGCACCCGAGCAGUCCGUCGGCCGAAGUCAGUCGUUCGCUAUCAGGGCUCGGCGUAAAGGUCCUCCGCCGCCGCCACCUAAACGUCUCAGCUCUGUCAGUAGCAGCAACGCUAGUGCCGAAACUGUCCCGGACAUGCCAGCGCCUCCUAUUGGUGGACUUGAGAAUGCCAGCAGCCCUAGUAGUGUUAAAACCAUUGCGGCUGCAUUAGAAAUGUUCUUACCUGUUCCUGUCGUGGAGAACGCCACGGCUACCUCCAACUCCAGCGAGGGGAGCAGAAGAAGAGCUCUUAGUCAGAGCGAGUCCAUGCAGGCCAACGGAGAUGUUGAUAGAGCGACGAGAUCCGACUCAGAAGAGGAUGACAGGACUAAGGAUUUAAACCUGGAGGGCUCAUCCUCGCCUCAGAACAGCUCCAGCGAGUGUAUACCCUUCGCCGAAGAAGGAAACCUUACCAUUAAGCAAAGGCCCAAAAUCGGUGGACCCCUCAAGGUGGAGAACAGCACAGAGUCUUCAGAAAAAGCCAAACCAGCCAAAACUCCUGAAGUUCCAGAGUUCAACCUGAAAGAGUCGGACACGGUGAAGAGACGGCAAAAGCCGAAAGAGCAGUCGGUCGCGACGUCCAUCAACGACGCAGACAGCUCCCCGGUCUCUGAGCAAAUUCAGACUCGGGACACGGUGAAACUGCGUAUCAGUGAAACUGAAAUGAAUCUGCCGUGUCUGGAGCCUUCGGCCAAACAAGGGAAAGCGCCUCCACCUCUCGCCCCCAAACCUCCCAGUCCUCUGAAUUCAACACGACACACCUCAAAUCAUCAGACUGCUGCCACAGCAGUCGGCUCCAGCGUCUUACUGAAUGGUGUGCAGAGCGUCACAUUUGCUGCAUCUCAGUCUCCCGUCUCCUACUCCCCAUCAGCAGAAAGUACAGGUCAUUGUGUACGGUCUGCGGAUGUGGGUCAGGACUCAACGCUGGUCCAUCAGAGACUGGAGAAGACCAGCUCAACCCUGGAGGAAACUUUAAGGGCUGUGGAGAGAAAACUCAAUCUGGAGCACAACACUGGCGGCAGUUCUCACGUUGUAAAGUCUGCCGGGAACAUUCUGGAUGACAUCGGGAACAUGUUUGAUGAUCUGGCCGAUCAGUUGGACGCUAUGCUGGAUUAAAGAUCUGUGGAUUAUAUUUAAAGCCUUUAAAGAGACGACACGAUUCACACCGAUCGCUCCUCUGCCUUUUAUUACACAUGGAGAGCAAAAAUAAACUUUCUGAGACAGGGAACCUCCAUUUACAAGGACCACACAGACAUUUAUGGAUGUUCAAAGUCUCCUGACUAAUUUCAUGUGCUAGUAUGUUCUUAUCCUAAUGUUUAAUCAAGUAAAUAUAUAUUUGUAUGUCUUUGCAUUAUUUGUAUUUUUGGGUCUGAACUUUGGACUUGACUGAGCACAAAUGUUGCCAGUGAACUCGGAUAAAUGCACUUCAUUCCUAAAGCAAUAUACAAGCCAUUUCAAAACACUACUGUUUAAAACAGAAAAGCAUUUCUGCUCUAUAAAUAUGUCUUUAAAGAGCUCAAAUACACAUCAUUCAUUUCAGCAGCUUUUGCUGCUAAAACGUUUAUAUAUAUAUGAGAUGAUGAUGAUUUUCCCUUCAUGUGCAGGUUAAAAAACAUUGACUGACGUUUAUUUUUGUAUUAAAGGGAGGUUUUUAAAGGGAACGCAUUUCUGAAAACUGCUUUAACUGGAGCAGCAUCAAUGUACAGCGAGCGAUUCAGGUUAAAGUUGAUGAUAAACAUUAUUUUUAAACCUCUAGAUAGUAUUUAAACUUGAUCAAAAUAUGUAUAUUGUACACUAAAGGUAUAUUUGAUUGGGAAGCAAACCUGUUUGUUGUACCAAAUGCUAUGUAUAUUUUUUAUUAAUGAUCUUGAAGCUAAAGUAAUCCAGACACAUUUCCCCUUUGCACACCAUUUCAUAUGGAUCUUAUUCAUGUGCCCAUUACUCCUGUUUGUACGUUUACUCUGUCAUUGAAUAUAUUUUUUUUUACAUUUAUUCAGUUUUAGGAGAUGCAGUUAUUUAUGUCACCACUAUAUAGUAGUCGUGACACUUGAUCAUUUAACAUCAUAAUGUUAACCCAUCUUUGUCAGGUUAAGAUCCAGUUUCUCUUUCCAUUAGUAAAUUUGAUGUUUGUCUUGUUAUUGAGAACCAAGUAUAUUUGGCUUUUGUCUUGUAUUUCACAUCUGUAGCUUGUCUUUCUUCAAGUUCAAUUUCUAUUAAAUUAAUUUAGCUA